AUGGAACCAAGAUCCAGGGGCGACGACAAGGAAAAGCAAGUCGUUGAUUUCAUGUUGCAAGACAUGGAGAAGUUGGGGCAUCAGAUGCUAUCCAUGUUGCAUUCCCUGAAAAGGUCAAACAGCCACCGAUCCGCUCUCUCCGUCUGCUCCUACAAGGCCAGGGAGCUUUGCUGCGCAACGUCCAGGUUACACAGGGUCAUCUCCUCCAACUCCAAGGAACUUGCCAUGGAUCAGCAGCAGGAGGGGGAGGAGGAGAAGCUUUUCAACAAGUUUCCUGCAGAUGAGGAUUACGAGCACGAGUUUGCGCGGUUAGUUGCAGAAGAAGAAGAGGAUCCUCAGGAGGAGGAUCCCAGAGAUAGUGCGAGGAAGUUCGACGAGCUCGCCAAGGAGGAGGCGGAGGAGCAAGCGGGGCUGGAUACAUCCUCAAUGGAGUACCUCAACAAGAGGAUGGAAGCCGAGCAGACAGACUUCGCCUACGUACGCACAUCCUGGGAAAACUCAUGGGCAAGCAAGGACGGAAGGUGCGGGGAUUACUCAGAUACAACUGCAUUGAGCCCUAUGUACUUUACACACUACACACCCGGUGUCAUCCCAUCCCCUGCCGCCGUCACCGCCACCACCUUGCAGGUCUACUCCAUCAAAAUAAAGAUUCUCAAAGACUUGAAGUGGCCACUCAGAGUGUAUGGCGUGGUCGCUGCUCGAGACACCGUGGACCGCAACUGCAACAUUCUCUUCCAUCGCUCAAAGUCUCGGUGCCAGCAACUCACCCAACAAGAUUGUUGCUUAUGCUUGACUGGUCCAUCUCGUGCCAUUGUUGCUAUGGACCCUGUUGACUUUGAAGUUGCACUCUAUGCCGUUGAGGGGGUGGACAAAGGAACAAUGUUGAUGGGCAUUGACCACCGUGUUGAAGAUGGCGCCACUUUCUCGCUCUCCGACCACCGUUGUGUAGCCGAGUUCAACCUUGAGCAGCUUGAUAGAUCCCUCCAGGCUACGAUCUUGGGUGUACGCGUCACAAAAGGACCGUGGCCUUUCAAAUAUGGAUGCCGAAUUGUCUGCUCGUGGUCUCCAUUUGCUUCGACGGAUCACAAGGAUGAGGAUGUUGCUGCUGCCACUUACUGCAGGCGACUUGUGUUGCUUGACCACUGUGGUAAAGGAGUGCCUAGAGGAUCAGAUAAUAAUAAGUCGUACCUUGAUCUCUCGAGGAAAGUGGUUUCGGUGGAAUCAAAAGGAACGCUGAGAGUGGGCAUAGAAGCAUAUGGAAAGUCUCGACGCUGGAUUGCUCGAAAGGAUCACAUUGACUUCCCUGUUCACCACUGCCAAAUAAGCAUGCGUGAGUGUUCCCUUGGGGAGGCCACGGUGGAGGUUGCUGUAGCCUGGUCCUUGCUUGUCAAUGAAAAGGCCGACCUCUUGCUUGAUUACGCACCCAUGUCUGGUAAUUAA